ACCUGUGAACGGCGGGGUUUACCUUUAGGAUGGUGCAGAAUCCUGUGAACGGCGGGGUUUACCCAGCAGCUCAAGCCGGAGAGAAGAAGCACAAGGUGGGCUUCGUGGGACUGGACCCCGGGGCUCCUGAGUCCAGCCGGGAUGGGGCUCUGCUCAUUGCGGGCUCGGACAGCGCCAAGAAGACCGGGAUCCUCUGCAGACCCAGGUCCAGCAUCUCCGCCGGCAGACCCAGACCGUCCAAGAAAAACGCCAGCUAUCGGAAACUACAGAAUUUCCUGUACAAUGCGCUGGAGAGACCUCGGGGAUGGGCGUUCAUCUACCACGCUUAUGUCUUCCUCUUGGUCUUCUCCUGUCUCAUACUUUCAGUCUUUGCCACCAUCAAAGAGUUCAAAAACAGCUCAGAGAGUGCCUUGUACAUCCUGGAAAUUGUGACCAUCGUGGUGUUUGGAGUGGAGUACAUUGUGAGGAUAUGGGCCGCUGGCUGCUGCUGUCGAUACAGAGGAUGGAGAGGGAGGUUAAAAUUCGCCAGAAAGCCUUUCUGUGUCAUAGACAUCAUGGUGCUGAUAGCCUCAGUAUCCGUACUGGCAGCAGGAUCUCAGGGCAAUGUUUUUGCAACCUCGGCCAUCAGGAGUCUGAGAUUCCUGCAGAUCCUGCGCAUGCUGCGUAUGGACCGCCGUGGAGGCACCUGGAAGCUGCUCGGAUCUGUAGUUUACGCCCACAGCAAGGAGCUGAUCACAGCAUGGUACAUCGGCUUCCUGUGUCUCAUCCUCGCUUCAUUCCUGGUCUACUCUGUGGAAAAGGAGACAAACAAGGAGUUUGAGACCUAUGCUGAUGCUCUUUGGUGGGGACUGAUCACUCUCACCACCAUCGGUUAUGGUGAUAAGGUUCCCAAGACCUGGAAUGGACGUUUGCUGGCAGCGACAUUCAGCAUGCUCGGGGUGGCCUUCUUUGCACUUCCUGCUGGCAUCCUGGGGUCUGGCUUUGCCCUCAAAGUGCAAGAGCAACACAGGCAGAAACAUUUUGAGAAGAGACGUAAUCCUGCAGCAGGCCUACUCCAGGCUGCUUGGAGGUUUCAUGCUACCAACCUUUCCCGUACAGAUCUGCUGUACACUUGGGAUUUUUACGAGCAGACUGUAGCUGUCCCGAUGUACAGACUUAUUCCACCUCUGAAUCAGUUGGACCUGCUGAGGAAUCUGAAGGGCAAGUCAUUCAGGAAGGAGUCCCAAACAGAAACCUCUCCCAGUAAUGAAAGUGCACAAAAAGACAGACUUUGCGGGUGCUGUCCGAGAACUAUUAGUCGGAAGGCCAGCCUGAAGGACAAGGUGUUCCCCAGUCCCUCCAAGGGGAAAGCCCAGUCUCCAGGGCCAGAGGAAGGGGCCGAGGCGAGUCCUAGCAAAGUGGCCAAGAGCUGGAGCUUCACUGAGAAGAACCGAGGGCCAAAGCAUGCCUUCAGGGUCCGGGGCAGCGCCUCACGCCAGAACUCAGAGGCAAUUGAAGGUUUAAUAAAGGCGAGCCUCCCAGGAGAGGAAAUUGGUGAUGAUAAGAGCUGCCACUGUGAGUUUCUCACUCAAGAUCUACCAGCAGGAGUGAGGGUAACAAUAAGGGCAAUCUGCGUCAUGAAGUUCCUGGUGUCAAAGAGGAGGUUCAAAGAAAGCUUGCGGCCUUAUGAUGUCAUGGAUGUGAUCGAGCAGUACUCUGCAGGUCACCUGGACAUGCUGUCUCGCAUUAAGAACCUGCAGUCCAGAGUUGACCAGAUCGUUGGUAAAGGUCCUAAAGCUGACGGAGAGGCUGCAGAUGACCCGAGCAUGAUGGGACGUCUGAUCAAAGUGGAAAAGCAGGUGAUCUGCAUGGACAGGAAACUUGACUUCCUGGUCAAUGUGUACGUGCAGCGUAUGGGCAUCCCUCAGUCGGAAACAGAUGCCUUUUUCAACUCCAAAGAGCCGUAUCCAGCCCCGCCUUACCACAGCCCAGAGGAGAGCAAGCAGGAGAAGGAGGGAGAACAGGUUGUGAAGGAGGAGAAGGAGUUGUUGCAGACAUGCCCACCUGCAGAUGUCCCGUGCUCCGAUGGGUCUUUGGAAAAGAAAGAUCCUUUGCUGGGUCGGUCCGUGGCGAGAUCGGUGGGUACUCCCUCUGGCAGCCACAGCCGGCCCUCUACCUCCUGGCAGCAUCAGCUGCAGCACCCCCUCAGCCAGCCCGCCUGGAACAGCAGUGUGGCCAACACCCCCUCGCCAGUCGGCUACAGCGGCGACCAUUCGCCCACCCUGUUCCGCCUCCCUCCUCCACCCGCCCCGGUUCACGACCGAUCCUCCUCCGGCCCGGGCGGCAGCGGCAGAGAUAGCUCCCAGAGCAGGAGGCGCCACAGGAGGAGGCAGAGGUGUCAGCAGGAUGCCACCGCCGUGGAGAGCGACACGUCUCUGUCCAUCCCGUCUGUUGACCACGAGGAGCUGGAGCGCUCCUUCAGCGGCUUCAGUAUCUCCCAGGCCAAGGAGGACUUCUUUGGGCCUACUUUCUUUGCAGGCUCAGGAGGAGGAGGAGGAGGAGGAGGAGGAGCUGGAGCAGCGACUGAAGCCGCGACUGGACCUUCACUCUGUGCCAGGGUCAGACCCUUCAUAGCAGAGGGAGAAUCAGACACAGACUCUGACCUCUACGCUCCCUCACCUCUGUCCUUCACCGGAGAGGUCUCAGGUGGAGAGAGGGCAUGGCCCGGACUGAAGUAGGUCAGGAAGAACUUUCUCCGCCUGGCAGAGAGGCUGGUGGUGAAACAGAUCGGUGCUUCAGGUGCCAUCAGGAGACAUGAGACAGUGUAGCCAACUGACCGACUGUUGUUGCUGCUGCUGAUGCUAUUACACACACAUUUUAGGUUAAGUGAAUGGUUACGAUUAGCAGUUUAUCACUGAAGAUGGUGAAAAUAUGUCCUUAAAACAAUGGGGUCGUCCUUUAGCACCUUUUUUUAUUUGUGAUGUAACACUUUACAAGCAAUGCUUAAUUACAACUGCAUUGCAUCCAUCAAGAUCUUGGUUAAAUAGCUGUUUAGGGACAUUUAUACCUCUGAGACCCACGAUAGAAACAUUUUUGUCUUUCUAGGGGGGUACAGGGAGUCUUUAGGGGGCGAUAGCAGGUCAGCAGUAGAUGUUUACACUGUGUGGCAAGUGGUUCCCAUGCUCACUUAUGUCUCAUCAGUUGUUGCAGCAAUGUUUGGGUUGAUACCAUUUGUUACACAGAUUUGCUGCUUAAUGUAACUAUUUUUUACCACUCUAGAAUUGAUAAAAAAUUAUC